GUGUAUUUACUUCCAUAUUUUCUAUUCUCCCGUCUUUCCUCCACUACAUAACUCAUAUCUGUCUCUGGGUUAGACUUCUGUGAAUGCCCUCAGUUUCAAUUGAUAUCAGAACCGGGAUCACUAUCACAACUGAACAUUUCGUGCAUCAGGCCAGGUACUAAGUGUUAGUCACUCAUUUACCCCACUUGGACCCUGAUAUAUCUCCUCAUAUCUACUCCGAACAAAUAACGAUUGGCCUCAUUUCUUCUAUCAAAUCUUCGGUGUCAACCUUUGAUCACAAUGUCCACCAAACCAGAUCUCCCAGAUCCCACAGCCGACCUUCAUUGGUCUGCAUACCGAGGAGCUAUCCAAGAUAUCUUUUCUGCAAAUGCUGAAGCACAUCCAGACCGACUAUGCGUCGUUGAAACUGCAUCUGGGUCCUCACCAAGGAGAGAGUUCACUUACCGUCAGAUCAAUGAAGCUUCAAACAUUUUGGCUCAUCAUCUGGUGCAGUCAGGUGUUCAGCGAGGGGAAGUGGUCAUGUCCUACAGUCAUCGAGGUGUUGACUUGGUAGUGACAGUUAUGGGAAUCUUGAAGGCUGGAGCUACAUUUUCAGUGAUCGAUCCUUCUUAUCCUCCGGAUCGUCAGAACAUCUAUCUUGAUGUUGCGAGACCUCGAGCCCUCGUUGUCAUUGAUAAAGCAACCAAAGAGGCUGGAGAAUUGACGGACAAAGUUCGAAGCUUUAUCAAGGAGAAUCUGCAACUUCGGACUGAGGUUCCCGGAUUGGAACUCAAUGAUGAUGGAACUCUUGUUGGUGGAAACAUCAACGGGAAGGACGUUCUAGCAGAUCAAGUGUCUUUGAAAGCCAAGAGUCCCGGAGUUGUGGUGGGACCGGAUUCCACACCUACUCUGUCUUUCACAUCAGGAUCCGAAGGUCGACCCAAGGGCGUCCGAGGCAGACACUAUUCACUUGCCUACUACUUUGAUUGGAUGGCUGAGAAUUUCAACCUUACCAAGAAUGACAAGUUUACGAUGUUGUCAGGUAUUGCUCAUGAUCCCAUCCAACGAGAUAUUUUCACUCCUCUAUUUCUUGGAGCUCAGCUUCUGGUACCUUCCAAGGAUGAUAUCCAGCAUGAGAGACUGGCCGAAUGGAUGCGUGAACAUGGUGCUACAGUCACUCACUUGACACCUGCGAUGGGUCAGAUUCUGGUCGGUGGAGCUAGUGCUGAAUUCCCAGCUCUGCACCACUCAUUCUUCGUUGGAGAUAUCUUAAUUAAGCGAGAUUGCAAGUCUCUGCAGAAGCUGGCUCCAAAUGUGUUCAUAGUGAACAUGUAUGGAACUACCGAGACGCAGCGAGCCGUCAGUUACUACGAGAUUCCUAGCCGUGCCUCCGAUCCAGAGUACCUGGAGAACAUGGGCAAUGUCAUUCCAGCCGGUAAAGGCAUGAAGGAUGUCCAGCUUCUCAUCGUGGACCGCGAAAACCGAAACCGUGUCUGCGGCGUUGGUGAGAUCGGGGAAAUAUACGUUCGCGCUGCUGGUUUGGCUGAGGGAUAUCUCGGCAGUGACGAGCUUACCAAAACUAAGUUCGUGGACAGUUGGUUCGUCGAUAAUUCCAAGUGGAUUGAGGAGGAUAAGAAAGCAGCGAAGUCCCUCGCGGAAGAACCAUGGAGAGAAUUCUACCAGGGGCCGAGAGAUCGUAUGUACAGAUCUGGUGAUCUCGGUCGGUACAUGCCAACUGGAGAUGUGGAGUGUGUUGGCCGUGCGGAUGACCAAGUCAAGAUCCGAGGGUUUAGAAUCGAACUUGGUGAAAUCGAUAAAUAUCUGUCUGAUCAUGUGAUGGUACUAGACAAUGUCACUCUGGUCCGAAGGAAUAAGGAUGAAGAACAGACUCUUGUCAGCUAUAUCGUGCCAGAUAUGCAGAAGUGGGCAAGAUGGCUUGAACAGAAGGGUUUGGAAGACGACACAUCUGGUGAAGGAAUCCAAGGACGACUUCGACGAUUCUGGCCGUUAGGAGACGACGUCAAGCAAUUUCUCAAGGAGAAGCUCCCUUCGUACGCCAUCCCAGAAGUCAUCAUUCCGCUCGACAAAUUCCCUCUAAACCCCAAUGGCAAGAAAGACAAGCCCGCUCUCCCAUUCCCAGACGCAGCGCAACUCGCCGCCGCAAGACCACAAGGCAAGCAUGUUGAUCUCACAGAAACCGAAAAGGACGUUGCCAGUAUCUGGGGCUCUCUCAUCCCCACCGUCGACGAACGAACCAUUAGCCCCGACGAUUCAUUCUUUGACAUUGGUGGACACAGCAUUCUCGCCCAACAGAUGCUUUUCAAAGUCAAUCGCAAAUGGUCCGGUAUCAAGAUCAACAUGAGCGUGAUGUUCCAGAAUCCCACACUCAAGACGUUUGCUGCUCAGAUCGAGCGCCGCACAUCUUCGACUACCAGUGAAGAAAUACAAGUCGAAGCUGUAGUAGACUACGCCGCCGACGCCAAAGCUCUCCUCAAGACACUUCCAUCCUCAUUCCCAUCAUCAGACACACCCAUCACACCCACCACUCCACUAACCGUCUUCCUCACGGGUGCAACCGGUUUCCUAGGCGCAUAUCUCCUGCGGGAUCUCCUCACUCGCUCCUCUCCACCCAUCAAAGUCAUCGCACACGUCCGCGCCCUCGACCCAACCACCGCCCUCAAUCGGGUCAAACAAACUUGCCAGGCUUAUGGCGUCUGGGAUUCCUCUUGGGAGUCACGAAUAACAUGCGUCGUGGGUGACCUCGGUUCACCUCGCUUGGGACUCUCAGAAGCAACAUUCGCAAAAGUCGCUCAAGACGCGAACGUAAUCGUUCAUAAUGGUGCGCUCGUCCACUGGGUGUACCCGUAUUCCAAUCUCCGCCCGGCCAACGUCCAAGGCACUUUGGAUAUCCUCGCUCUCUGCUCUACUGGUACUCCAAAGCAACUCGCCUUCGUAUCAUCCACCUCCGUCCUCGACACGGACUAUUUCGUCAAGCAAUCCGCAUCUGGCGUUCCCGUCUCCGAGGAUGACGACCUUUCCGGUAGUGCCACAGGUUUAGGGACCGGCUACGGUCAAAGCAAAUGGGUAUCCGAGUAUCUCGUGCGCGCAGCGGGCUCGCGGGGUCUUCGCGGGACUGUCAUUCGUCCUGGAUACGUGACUGGUGAUCCGACCAGCGGUGUUACUAACACCGAUGAUUUCCUGAUCCGUAUGGCGAAGGGCUGUAUCCAACUCAGUUGCCGUCCCAGAAUCGCAAACACAGUCAACCAAGUCCCCGUCAGCCAUGUAGCGCGCGUAGUCGUUGCCUCGGCACUGAGUCCUCCAAAGAAGGGGAAGUUGGCUGUCGCCCAGAUAACGAGUCAUCCACGCUUGACGUUUAGUCAGUAUCUCGCUAUGCUUGAGAGCUAUGGGUGGGAGGUUCCUGAGGUGGAAUAUGACGUUUGGAAGAGGAAGUUGGAGAACUAUGCUGCAGGUCAGGGCGAGGGUGAUGGAAGAGAACAGCAUGCUUUAAUGCCACUGUACCACUUCGCUACAACCUCCCUACCAGACGACACCAUCGCCCCUGAAAUGGCCGACCCAAACGCCACCGCCUCCUUAAAGUCCGACAUCCAAUUUACCUCUCAGGACCUCUCAGCAGGUGGAUAUGUUGACGAGGAGAUCAUGGGACGAUAUCUCGCUUACCUGGUUGGAAUCGGUUUCGUUGGUGGUCCUGCUGGAAAGGGAAAGAAGGUGUUACCGGAUGUGAAGAUUAGUGAGGAGCAGAAGGCCGCGCUGUUGAGAGUUGGAGGUCGUGGGGCGUUGGUUUGAAAUCUAGAGGAUUCGUAUGCAUUAGGAUACUCUGAAGAACACCUGAGAAUCUCUGAGAUCGCAGACUGAUGCAUAUUUCGAUCUAACUCUCCCAUAUCACGGAUAAGAGCGUAAAUCUAGCCUCUGAAACUGGACAUGGGUACGUUUUGCCCGGGGCGAACCUUCCAUUCCUAGGCCCUUUACAGAAGUAUAUUGUGAGGAAAAAUUCGUCCUCCCUCAGUUUAACACAUGGAGGAAGGAAAGCGCGGCAAAAAAAAAGGGUGGUUCUUCCCAUUCAUGUCUUGCUUUUCAAGUUUCGUUACUGCUGGUAGGAAGGAGCGAGGUCCCGCCUUCAUGGCGAUGUCUUCCAUCCUUAAUGAAUGGUCUUCGUCUUCCUCUUUGUUCUUUUCCUCCUACACAUGCUGUAUUUGUCAAGUCAACACAAAACAUCUAUACAUCUAGAAUAUUGCAACAACUCUUGCGUGAGGUACCGAGUGUAUACAUUUCGCCAUGAAGACCGCUUUGUGUGCAGCGUCCGGUAGGGCUUUGCUUGUUACACUGCAUGACACAGCUCUCCGGCACUGCCUACCGUCCUAUCAUCCAG